UUGACGUCACAUAGGAAUUCUUGCUGAGAAGUGCGUAGCCGGGACGGUGCCACUUGGUCUGUAUUGCCUUGGUGUUAACCGCUUCUCGCGCCGAAGUGUAGGUGAGGAAUCGGGGAAACGUGCAUACUCAGUAGUGAGCACCAGUGGUGGCCACAAUGAGCCGGCAGGGUGGUGGACUGAGUGCAGAUGACUACCUGGCCUUCUUUAGCACUGGUGCAUUGCCGGCGCACCUGCCAGCACCAGUGCCAAGCGCCACCAAUGAUCUGGGCAUGGUGGAGCAGCAGCAGGAGCCGGCCAUGCCCUCCUACCGCCAAAUUCAUGGCCAGGACUAUGCAGAGUACUACCGGCGCGAGGAGGAGCGCGCGCUGCUGGCGCGCGGCGCCGGCGACGACGCGGCCGACGAGGCCGACGAGGACGCACGCUCGACGGUGACGAGCUUGACGGCGGGCAUGAGCCGGCUGGAGGUGGACACAUACGCCGAGACGCUGACCGAGCUGGGCGACCAGACCGUGCAGCGGAGCACGCAGGUGCACGGCGCGUACGACUUCAACCACGUUGACCCGACGGCCGCACACCUGCCCAUCAAGGCGCAGCGCGACGAGAUCGUCAGCAAGGUCAACGCCUUCGAAGUGGUCGUGCUGGAGGGGCGCACUGGCUGCGGCAAGACGACGCAGGUGCCGCAAUACCUGCUGGACGAGGGCCAUCGCCUCGGGCGGCACGCCAACAUCAUCGUCACGCAGCCGCGCCGCAUCGCUGCCGUGAGCGUGGCGCGGCGCGUGGCGCGCGAGCGGAACUGGCCGCUCGGUACGCUGGUGGGCUACGAGAUCGGCAUGGACAAGAAGACGGGCCCCGACACGCGCAUCACCUACUGCACGACCGGCGUGCUUCUGCAGAAGAUCGUGCAUGAGGGGAACAUGAACCAAUACACGCACGUCGUGCUGGACGAGGUGCACGAGCGCGACACGGACACGGACUUCGCGCUGCUGCUGGUGCGCCGCCUGCUGCGCUCCACCUCGCGCCACGUCAAGGUAGUGCUGAUGUCGGCCACGUUUAACACGCGCCUGUUCGCGCACUACUUCGCCGUGCCGGUGCAGGACCGGCUGGACCCGGCGCCCGUCAUCUGCGUCGGUCCGGAGGAGAUGUACGAUGUGAGCGUGCACUACCUGGCGAAGUUGGGGCCGCUGCUACGUGACGCCGCCGGCGACGCCGGGCCGCGGCCCGAGCUGCGCUCCAGCUGGGACCAGGCGAACGCGACAGUGCCGCAGAUACAUCCGGCGCUCUACCAGCUGGUCGUGCGGCUCAUCAAGGUCAUCAACACGUUCGACGUGAGCGACUUCGGACCGAGCGCGCGGUAUCCGCGCUUCGGCGCGCAGCGCGGCUCGGUGCUCGUCUUCCUGCCGGGCAUGCACGAGAUCAAGGAGCUGGCGGCUGAGCUGGAGGAGCACCGCAUCCCCGAGCGUUGGCAGGUGAUGCCUCUCCACUCGCUCAUCACGUCGGACGAGCAGAACACAGUGUUCCAGCAGCUGCCGGCCGAGCAGCGCAAGAUCAUCCUGUCCACUAACAUCGCCGAGAGCUCCAUCACCGUCGCCGACGUCAAGUAUGUCAUCGACUUCUGCAUGACCAAGGAGCUGACGAUGGACCCAGAGACCAACUACUCGAUGUUGAAGCUGUCGUGGGCGAGCAAAGCCAAUUGCCUGCAGCGGCGAGGUCGCGCCGGACGCGUCAGCUCCGGCCGAGUGUACCGGUUGGUCUCGCAGCGGUUCUACGAGGAGCUGCCCGAGUACGGCGUGCCCGAGAUGCUGCGUAGUCCGCUCGAACGGGUAGUCAUAAAGGCCAAGAAGUUCUGCGCCGAGUCGGAGCCGAAGGCGGUGCUGGCGCUGGCGCUGGAGCCACCGCAGCUGGAGAAGAUCUACUCGGCGGUGCUGCACCUGAAGGAGGUGGGCGCGCUGAUCGACACGCGCGGCGCCGAGCGCUUCAACCCGUUCGACGGAGAGCUGACCGUGCUAGGUCACGUGAUGUCGGCGCUGCCCGUGGACGUGAACGUGGCCCGCCUGCUGGCGCUGGGCCACGCCUACGGCUGUCUGCGCGAGUGUCUCAUCAUCGGCGCCGGCCUCACCGCCAAGAGCUUCUUCGCGCGCCCGUUCCGCGACGAGUUGCGCGCGUACCAGAUGAAGGUGUCGUGGGCGGGCAAGUCGUUCAGCGACUGCCUGGCCAUCCUGACCGUAUACAAGGUGUGGGAGGACUGCACCCGCCAGGGCCACUUCCAGCGCAGUGGCGGCCGUGGCGAGCGCGAGUGGGCAGAGAAGAACUUCAUCCAGCUCCGAUGUCUCAAGGACAUGGACGCGCUGCUGCGCGAGCUGGAGCGUCGGCUGGACGCCUGCAACAUCCGGCCGCUGCCGGUGCGCAGGGAGCAGGAGUCGGAGGAGGAGCGCCGCCAGCAGGCGCUGGUGCUGCAGGUCUGUAUCGCUGGCGCCUUCUACCCCAACUACUUUCUGCGGCUUUACCGCGAGGAGCGCGAGGUCGACGCCAACCGCGAGCUGGGCGGCCGCAACCCGCAGACGACGGUCUGCCUGGCGGGGCUGCCGCGCGACUGUGGCGUGCUUUAUUAUGGACAGCUGUUACGCCAGUUCCGCUUCAACGCCACCGACCCAGACCCCACCAUCAGCUUCGAGAACAGCAAGGCGUACGUGGAAUUCCCGGUGCGGAGGCGGGCUGGCGACCAGGGUCACGCCUGGGAGGGCGACAUCCCGCCGGCCGUCUACCUGGCCGUGCGCAAGGGCCAGAUCAAGAACACGCGCGUCACCAUCAUGCGCUACGCGCCGGAAGGAGGAGCUGCGGCGCCUGGAGCAGUACCAGGCGCUAGAGCGGCAGCGGCGCGGCGAGCCACCCAGCGGGCCGCGACCUCUGACGCUGGCCGGCGCCAGCACGCGCGGCGCCGCCCGGCCCGACCGCUGCCGCCUGCCCGGACUGCACAAGUCCGUGCUGCCCAUGAAUCGUCACGCACUGCUCCGGCCGGCCGGCCGCAGCCGGCGCGGCUCUACCUGGCGCCGUACACCGAGGCCGGCGUCACCAGCUUGUUCCGCGCCCGGGUCGAGGCCGUCGGGCAGCGCGACUGCAUGGUCUACUUCGUGGACUAUGGCAACACGGCCGAGGUGCGCGUCGCAGAUCUGCUCGAGUUCUCACCCGACAUGAUCAAGGCCGGCAUCCUGGAGGUGGUACACGGCACCAUCCACGUGGAGCUGUUCCGCAAAGUGCGCCAGGGGCACGCCACCAUGGACCGCAGCAUCAACAAGGAGCUGGUGGAGGCCGAGCUAGCCGAGCACGCGCUCGAAGGCUACUUCUCACGCCAGAACCACAGCGAGAGGGAAGCUCGGUUAGUGGCGCCGGGCGCUGCGACGCUCACGACGGAAGCGCUGGCGGCCGAAUGUACACUCUCGGAGCUGAAGCCUACCCAGGCGAUGGCCGGCCGCUGGGGCGAGCGUGCCAUCAGCCAGUUCCAGACGCUGGCGCUCUACCAGCACGUCAUCGGUCACGUCUACUCGGUGGUACACGGCACCAUCCACGUGGAGCUGUUCCGCAAAGUGCGCCAGGGGCACGCCACCAUGGACCGCAGCAUCAACAAGGAGCUGGUGGAGGCCGAGCUAGCCGAGCACGCGCUCGAAGGCUACUUCUCACGCCAGAACCACAGCGAGAGGGAAGCUCGCUGUGACCGGCAGCCGCUGCGCGGUCCGGACUCGCCGCUGCUGCUGACGCUGCACGGCCUGCCGCGCUCGCUGCACGCCCGGCCCGCCUUCGUCGACACGGACUCGUGCAACUCAGUGCUGCUCGACACGGAGCCGCAGAACCCGUUCGACCGGCUGCUGGUGGCGGCGCAGGUGGUGCCGACCAGCGAUGGCUCACGGAUACGCGCGCAGGGCACCACCAUGAUGCCCAACAUCCCGGGCCUGCCGGCGCUGCUGGUGCUGCUCUUCGCGCCGGCGGUGGAGCUGCGCGCGGACCAGGAGUGCACCGGCCUGGCCGGCGCCGUCUGCGGCCUGGGCGCCGAGCCAGGCACCGGCCAGGCCGUCUACCCCGACCACGACAUGGAGGUCGGCUUCGACGUGGCCAUCACCACCAAAGACCUGGUGGAUGUGAACGUGCUGCGCGCUUCGUUCUGGAUGAUGUACGGCGGCGCGGACGCGGCCGGCCCGGAGCCGCACCGUCUGCGCGACUCGGACCGCAGGGUGGCCGAGCAGCAGGAGGCCGAGCGGGCCGAGCUCUGCCGACGCGUGGUCGAGCUGUUCACGGCGGCGCGCAGCGUGGACGUGGCCGAGCCGCACCACUGUCCGCUGUGCGAGGUCACCGCGCCGACGCCGGCCGCGCUGCUGGCGCACAUCAACACCGAGGAGCACCGCCGGCUCGCGCUCGACCUAUUCGCCGACGAGGAGGACGGUGAGGAGGGCGAAUAG